AUGGCAACUCCAACGCCCAUGAGGCAGGCGCCCUCGCAGCAGGGCCGCACACCGUCGCAUCAGGGCCCGACGCCAUCGCAGAUCGCCGGAGCGACGCCUCCCAUCUCGACGCCCUUCUCGAAUCCCGCCCAGGCCGCAUUUUCUCCCCGCGGACAGCGCUCGUCGCCGCAGCAGGUUAAGAAAUCGCCAGCCACGUCGACGCUGAUGAGCCAGUCGGCCAUCGGUGCUCUGAAUUUCGAUAGUCCCUCGACUGCUGCCGCCAUGGGAGCACUGGGAAUCGGCGGUAGCUUCGACAUGGGCCUCGAUCAUGUCGGCGGGCUGGACACGCUGGGCGUAUUCGCUACUGAGGAUGACAAGCUUAAGAGGCUGGAUAACAUCCUCAAGCUUUUGAAUCAGAAGAAGGGCUUCGUCAGCGAAGCUGGCCUGGAACGUCUUGCUCAGCGCCUCGGUCUCGAGUUACUCUCCGAAGAACACACCGCUGCGGACGGACGAAAGAAGAAGACACUGGCAAUUGCAGGUUCUGCCAUCGCCGUCGACAUUGUGCUAGACAACAAUAUUGUUCAAAACGUAUCACUAACCUACCACGGCUCGGCAACUUCAGUAGCCGCGCAUAUGGAGUCGGCUAGCCAGAUCUUGCUGGCAGACCUAAAGCUCGGUCCCAACCAGAGCCCCUUGACAAAGACUCUGGACAAGUUUGCAUCCAAUUUUGGCUACAUAGCCAACCUGGACAAGCUCAGCGUCAUCCCUGGCCUCGACUGCUAUGAAGCUUUGGCUGGCAUCUUUACAAGCUUGGAGAGGCUGCAUCAAUGGGACCUCGCGAGCCUGCGCAAGGAGCCUGAGCUGGCUGGCAAGUCGGAUCAGUACCUGUUCCUGACGGCGUUGUGUACGAGACACGGUUAUCCUGUCAUGCAUGCACGAAACAAGGUCGGCCUCGCCUUGCAGUACUGGAAGGAGCUGAGAUUCGUGCCCCCUUCAGACGACAGACUGGCAUCAUUCUCGGAGAAAGAAGAGAAGGUCUGGUCGCUUCUGAUCGGUUGCGCGCCCAUUGAAUCACUAGGCAUGUCACCCGUGAGGGUAUCUGAAGACUGGAUCUCCAAGGAAGUGGUCAAGCAGGAUCUCCACCAGCAGGACCAAGCACUGAACCCGACCAACAUUCCCAUUCUCGAUUGGCAGGAGCCAGAGAACAUUUCGCUUCCAUCGUCGGACGAGAAUAAGAACAACGGCAUGGAAGUGCUCCAGCUGCAUCUCUCGACGCUGCCUCAAGUUGCGUUUACGGUCACGUUCGACCCGCCCGUCAUCCUUCCGCAGAACGACUGCAUGAGGCUCUACUCCUAUGUCAACUCCACGCCUCCUAAUCCGAAUCCUUCAAACGACUUUAGCCAGCGCCCUCUCCCCCCGCCAACAUUCGAUGACUUGUUCUUCCCCGUAGCGGCGGGUAACAGGCAAGAUCCCAGUGAACCGCGGACGGUUACACGCCUGCGUGACGUUCUUGUAUUCGAUCAGCAGGGACAGUCAUUCACCAGGAGUCAUCACAACACUCUUUUUGUCUAUAAGCCUAUCUAUUCUCAAGAGGUCACUGAGAUGUCCUUCUCGCAUCCUCGCCAGCUCAUUGACAUGCUUCCUCUGCUGAGGCAGUAUGCUUUCCUAUCCACAUUGCUCAACAAUAGCUUUGGGCCAGGAACCAAGGAGGCCGUGCCAAAGUCGACCAAGGAGACGACGAAUCCCUCUCCCGCUACUACCCAGACGGUUAAGGACGAACUAGCAGCGUUCAUGGAUAUCAAGCGCGGAAAGAAGACGGGCAAAGACAUGGACAUUGAUGUCAUAAUAUGGGUUCAUCCGUUGCCAUACCUUCAAGUCGUCUUCCCCGUCAAAAACUCUACUAUUGACAUUACCCUUCGCAUCCUCGAAGGCGGCGUGGUAGAAAUCGUCAACGAGAAUGUCGUUGAACACCAGGUUGCUCAUGGAAAGAGCAAGGUGCUGAACAGACAGGACCUCGGCAGGGUGCUUGAACGGCUGGAGGAUCUGUGCAAGUGGGCUGAAUGGAUACGCACGCGUUUGUGUUGA